AUGAAACUUGAUAGAAUAUUAAUAAUUUUAAUUUUCAAUGCGAUAUUUUGGAGUUUAAUUAAUUCUGUUAAAAAUAAUAAAGAAAUAAAUGAGUUAACUAGAGGUGGGGAAACCUCAAAGGAUAACGAUGGAGCUGAAUCAUCGGUUAAUGCUAAAAUUCAAAAAUUUGAAAGGAUGUUAAAUCCAACCCCUAAAAUUACAGAAAAGGGCACAACUGUAGGUAAUAAUGAAACGAAAAAGUUUAAUAGAAAAGAAUACAUGAAAAUUUACCGGCAAAACAAUAAGGCAAAGAGGCGGGAAUCUGAUCAAGAAUACCGAAAAAAUAAUAGAGAGAAAAUACAAGAAUAUUUUCAAAAGUAUUGUCAAGAUAAUAAGGAAAAGCUGCAAGAAAAAAGUAGAAAAUACCGUCAAAAUAAUAAAGAAAAGAAGCGAGAAUGGAAUCGAAAAUACCGAGAAUCAAAGAAAAAUAAAAAAGCAAAUUUACGAAAUAUUUAUUCAGAUAAUGGAGAAACUUCCGUUAAUACAAAAAACGAUCAUUUUGGAAAUAAAGGUAAAUUGCCUAUCGUUUAUGAAGAGGGCAUUCGGUUUGAAGAAGGAAAUGGUUUUAACCAAGAGGAAGAAGAAGGUAACAUAGACGAAGCAGAAACUUAUGUGGAUGAGCAAAAUCAAACUAUGGUAGAAGAGCCGAACAGAAUUCCCAAGAAUUACAUGAAUCAGAUGAAUUUAAAUGAGUAUCCUUUUGAUCUGAACGAGAAACCUGAGGACGAAGAUGGGGAUCGUUAA